ACCUACACAAUCUAGUCCAUCAGACUCGCAAACAUUGUUUCGCUUGCAUCCUUCUGCGAUGUUUACAGCGUAUCAGAGUCAAUAAGCUUUCUGGAAGAGAAGCAUCCUUUUCUCGCGCUGAACAGCCAGCAGAACAGGCGCGCUUGAUUGGUCGUCCUAGAUCAAUACGGAAUGUCGAGAUAGAGGCUGCAGGCUAGGUGUUUAAAGUAAGAUCAGGACAACGGAGAAGAGCCAUGUCUGCGGAAGACUCUCUAACUUCUUCCUCUUCUUUGGAGUCUUACCCGCAUCCCGCUUUAUCUUUCAAUACGGAUAUGAACGUAACAUCGACUGACGAUAUCAACUCAACCACAAGUUCUCCCAAUAAACUGAUCGAAGUACACACAUUGGAAAUCCUACUUUGGGUGUUAGAGAAACAUGUGCCAUUUGCAAUUGCAGUCAACAAGUGUGUUACUCCAAUCUGGUACGCUAUCGGUACCAUCGGCAACAUAAUGUCAGCAGCCAUUUGGCUAAGCCCCCGCCUACGAUCAUUCAACAGUCCAGCCUACUAUCUUGCAUCUCUGGCAAUCGCAGAUGAAGUGUACCUCGUGCUGCACGUCUUCUAUGAAUUGGAGAACCCUUGGCUGAUUGGUGCGCUUAAUCUCAGUGGAUGGUGUGAAAUGUGGAAUCUUCUGUACAUGGCAGCUCAAUAUACUUGUGUGCUACUGGUGUUUGCCUUCACGGUGGAACGGUUCCUAUCGAUAUGCCAUCCCUUCAAAUCAGAGAGGUUCAGCCGCACAUCUCGCUCACCUAAAGUCAUUGUGGCAAUUGUCAUGAUAUCGGUUGUGUUUGCUACUCCUCAGGCAUACUUCUGGCACGUCACAAGCUAUUCCGAAUGUCAGUUGCGACACAGUGAAAAAGCUCAGGGUGAAAAAUCAUUCUAUUAUAUCUGGUCCUGGGGCUCAGAGAUGAUUAUGUUUGGAAUUGUUCCCAUUCUGGUUCUGUUUUCAAAUAUCUGUGUUCUCAGGAAGAUGCGACAUGUUGGCCAGUUGAAGAUGAAGGACACAACAACCAUCUCAACCGCUAAUAUGAGAUACUUAUCAACGACCAUCACGUUGUUGUGGGUGUCAUUUUUUCUGAUCUUUACGACUCUCCCAGUCACCAUCACAUUUGCUAUUCAAAACAGGAUAACACUUGGUCCAAACCUUCCCCUCCAGGAAAUGGCGGAGAACUCUACGUGGCAAUCCUACUUCUCCUAUUACACUGCAAGAACGAUAAUAAAAGAAAUAGGCAUGUGUCAUCACGUAUGUAAUAUAUUCAUCUAUUGCCUCACCAGCAAGAGAUUUCGACGCAGAGUUAUACAUAUUCUGUGUGGGCCUCUGGAUUGCUCAAAAGCCACAGAACGUGAAGAGUCUUGGAGGAAUCCAAGUCCUUUGUUGAAGGAUACGACAAAGAUUUGUCUCAAUUCAAGAUAAACAUUUUAAAACUUCUCUUGCCAUUUGACUGAUUUGCUCACUGUAUACACUGGACGUUUUCAAAAGUAUUCAUUGAAGGUCAUGUGGAUGUAUUACGACGUGAGGUCUUUCAUACCAGACAUAUUAAAACAAUUGCCUUUGGCUAUGAAACAUUCUUCUUCACGAAAAAUAGCCUCUUCACUUCAAUUCAAAUUUCAUUUAUGGAUGCUCAUACUUCAGAUAAUUUGUCCACUUUUGACAAGUGCAAUGAUCACAACUGACUUGCGUUGAUGACAUGGAAAUAUAUGGAAUCGGGAAAUGAUUUAUGUAAAUCUAUGGAUUGAACAAGCAGCAUUGUGUGUAAAUAACAGAAGGCUUUACGCGGAUUCGUAAAGAAAAACAUUCUUUACUUCACUUUUAUACUCUUUCCUUUAACUGUUUUGAAGGAGUAUAUACUACUUGACGAAUUACUGUCGUACAUUCCAUCUUGUUAUUGUUCAUUCCAUUCAUUCUCACACUUGACAAAUUUAAUAUAGUUUUUAUGUUACCUAUGUUUCAAAUUCAUAUCUGUUUGAUGUUCGAUUUCGUUUCUGUUUAUUCCAGUGUCUAAGUAAUAGUACUGUUUUAGUUACCUAGAUAUUUUCAUUUGAAAUAAAGGUUAAA